AUGGGUGAUGUGAUCUUGCCGCCAUAUCAGAAAAAGGCUACCCAAAUUCCUCGUAAGUCUGCCCCUCAGAAUAAGGAUCUGUGGUUGGUUGCAAGGGAGGGGUCUGUCUCUGAUUUAGAUUUAGCGUUAUCGUUGCUUAAAAAACAUGGGGGGAAUGUGAAUGCGAGAAACACUUUUGGUGUGGCCCCGCUGCAUAUUGCAACCUGGAGAAAUCACGUCCCUAUUGUUAGAAGGCUUCUUGAAGCUGGUGCAGACCCUAAUGCUCGGGAUGGGGAAUCGGGAUGGAGUAGUCUUCAUCGAGCUCUGCAUUUUGGACAUCUGGCUGUUGCUUGUGUCCUUCUCCAGUUUGGUGCCUCAUUAACAUUGGAGGAUUCAAAAUCCCGAAUGCCUGUUGACCUUUUAUCGGGGCCUGUGCUACAGAUUCUUGGAAAGGAUAACAAUUCAAUAACAACAGAGGUCUUCAGCUGGGGCAGUGGUGUUAAUUAUCAACUUGGAACUGGAAAUGCGCACAUACAAAAGUUACCGUGCAAAGUUGAUUCUCUUCAUGGUUCAUUCAUCAAAAUGAUUUCCGCAGCUAAGUUCCACAGUGUAGCAGUUAGUGCUCGUGGGGAAGUCUACACUUGGGGUUUUGGAAGAGGUGGCCGCCUUGGGCAUCCUGAGUUUGAUAUACACAGUGGCCAAGCUGCAGUCAUCACUCCCCGUCAAGUUACCUCGGGUUUAGGGGCACGUCGUGUAAGGGCUAUAGCUGCAGCGAAGCAUCACACCGUUGUUGCCACAGAGGGUGGAGAAGUACUAACAUGGGGUUCUAAUAGAGAGGGGCAACUUGGAUACACGUCUGUUGACACCCAGUCGACCCCACGUCGGGUGAGUGCCUUGAAAUCGAGAAUUGUGGCAGUUUCUGCAGCAAAUAAACACACGGCUGUAGUUUCGGAGGCAGGCGAAAUUUACACGUGGGGUUGCAAUAAAGAGGGACAGCUCGGUUAUGGCACCUCCAACUCUGCUUCUAAUUACACGCCGAGGGUGGUGGAGUAUUUGAAAGGAAGAUCUUUUGUUGCCGUAUCUGCCGCAAAAUAUCACACAAUUGUUUUGGGAUCAGAUGGAGAGGUGUUCACGUGGGGUCAUCGGCUUGUUACUCCUAGACGCGUGGUCGUUGCUCGAAAUACUAAAAAGGCUGGGAAUACUACGCUGAAGUUCCACCGUAAGGAACGCCUCAAUGUGGUCGCUAUAGCUGCUGGGAUGACUCACAGUUUGGCUCUUACAGAAGAUGGUGCGGUGUUUUAUUGGGUGUCUUCAGAUCCGGAUCUUCGGUGUCACCAGCUAUACAUGCUCUGUGGAAGAGGUAUAGUUAGCAUUUCUGCUGGAAAGUACUGGAUUGCUGCAGUCACUAUGACUGGCGAUAUUUACACGUGGGACGGUAAAAAGGGAAAAGAUGAACCACCCAACCCAAUAAGAUUACAUGGAGUGAAAAAAGCAACAUCCGUAUCCGUUGGCGAGACUCAUUUAUUGUUUAUUAGCUCGCUCUAUCAUCCCAGCUAUCUUCCUAGUUCUCCUGACGGAUGUCAGAAGCCGGCUAUUAUGGAUGAAUUAGAUGAACUGGGUGAAGGUUUUAUGUUUGAUGACGUGGAGUACGAGGAUGCCGUAUUUAAUACGAUGAAGGAUGACAUGCGAAAUCCAGAAGUGUCGGGUUCUAGAAACUUCUUCGAUAAAAGUAGUGCACCGAGCUUGAAAAGUCUUUGUGAGAAAACAGCUGCUGAGCAUUUGGUUGAGCCACGAAAUGCCAUACAGCUGCUAGAAAUUGCAGAUACACUGGCAGCAGAUGAUCUCAAGAGACAUUGCGUGGAGAUUGCAAUCCGCAACCUAGACUACAUACUUUCGGUGGCCCCACACACCUUUAUUGACACCUCUCUCGAUAUUCUAGCCGAACUCGAGAAACUGUUGGACCUGAAGUCAUCCGAACCAUGGAGUUACAGACGGCUCCCGACACCUACCGCCACUUUUCCUGCUGCUAUCAACAGCGAGGAAGAGGAUUGUGAAAGUGAUCUACUCAGGAUGCGCGGUGAUGCCAGAAAGAGAUCGGCCCACAUGAACCACUGGGCCCACCAGAGGCUGGACGGCUUUCUUCAGACAAAUGAUGCUGUAAUAGAAGGCGUGGACAAACAAAUAAGGGCCCUGAGGAAAAAGCUUCAACAGAUAGAGCUGCUGGAGGAAAAACGAUCCAAGGGUCAUAUUCUCGAUGACCAGCAGAUUGCAAAGCUACAGUCGAGGCCGGUUCUGGAGAGUUCUCUUGCGGAGCUUGGAGCACCAAUUGAGACUGUUCAGUUGGAAGCUUCAUCUGCGGACCAGAGGGGAAGCAAGAGAGCAGGAAGUAAGAAGCAAAGAAGAAAGUGCAAACAGAAGGCUAAGGAGGAGGAAUCUAGUGAUUUUGCCAUUGGUGCUGAGAUGGGUAUGGUGAAGGGUUUUCCAGAUGCUGAAGUUCUAGAUGAUACCUUUCAUAAGGAGAAAGUUGCACAUAUUGGAAGUGCCAUCCCAAUCCAAGAAACUGGGAUUUCUCCAUUUCCCAGUAAGAAGACGGCUGAAGGCACUCCCCAAAACAAGACUACCCCCCCACCUACAGCAUCCAAGAAAAAGAAUAGAAAGGGAGGUCUCUCCAUGUUCCUUAGUGGGGCCCUUGAUGACAAGCCUAAAAUUGUUGCUUCACCUCCCGUGAUAGCCAAAAGUGAGGGUCCCGCCUGGGGCGGCGCUAAGAUAUCGCAUGGGCCGGCGUCACUCCGUGAUAUACUGGUGGAACAGAGCAGAACGGAGGCCAAGCUCACGAGAAAGAAUGAUCUUGUCGAUUCUUCUUCUAUAGGUGGCACUGUUGGUGGGAAACUCCCAUUGAGUUCGUUUUUGCCUUCAUCCCCUAUAGCUAUGGUGCCCCCUCGAAAAGGACAGGUGUCAGAUGGAGAUAAGAACACGCCUCCUUGGGCGGCCUCCAGCACCCCGCCUUCCCUUUCCCGCCCCUCACUCAGGGAUAUCCAGUUGCAGCAGGGGAAACAACACCAAAGAAUUUCUCAUAGCCCAAAGUCUAGCACCACCGGAUUCUCUGUUGCGACUGGUCAGGGUUCACCAUCCGAGCCGGCUGGCAUGAACCGCUGGUUCAAGCCGGAAGCUGAUACUCCCUCUUCCAUACGAUCGAUCCAGAUUGAGGAGAAGGCCAUAAAGGACCUCAGGCGUUAUUACAGCUCUGUUAGAAUUGUAAAGAACCAGUCCUGA